AUGAGACGAAAUGGGGACAUUGACGUGACUCAGUCGUUUUCUAUUAAAUCACGCAAAUCUAAAAUUUAUAAAACUAGAAAAUACGAAUUUUUGGAUAUUUAGAAGUAUUUCUAAAUAAAUAUAUCAAUUAUAAUUCAAUAAAAGUUCCAAAAAUAGCAAUUUUUCCAGGUCGAUCACAGGGAUGUAAUAUAAUAUCUGGUAAUUAUUCAGAAUUUUUCUCAAUGAAUAUGAUUUUCUAUAAAUUUUAUACUAGGAAAUAAAAAGGAAAUAUAUUUAAAAUUCACGAAAAAGGGAAAUAAGGGCGCGGACGUCAGGAUGACGUCAGCGCCCGGCGAACGCGAAUCGGGCGGAAACAGAGUUCCGCCCGGCGAUUCUUACGUAAGUGAUUACAGACGAUUUAAUUAAUCAAAUUAAGAUCUGUAAAAGCCGGAAGAAUCGUAAUAGAACAAAGUAUAUUUUGGUAAAUUAAAAUCACAAAGAAAUAUCACUAAAUGAAGUGUAAAGUAAGUUUAAAAGUAGGAAAACAGAGUUCUGGCAUCGCGACGGCGAUGCGUCGGCGAUGCACCAGAAUCCUGAGCGUUCGGGAGGUUCGUCGUAUAGUGUCCAUGGCCUCGAAGGCUCUCCUUGGGCAAAGACGACAUGGGCAAUCUCUAGAUCUUCUCGCGAAGUCUAGAAAUUAAUGAAAUGGGUCGCCGAGUCGUCUCCGGCGGCUGUCACCCGGCGGAGCGGAAAAACGGCGACUUUGCGGCUCUCCGGCGACUGUCACCCGACGGAGAGGAGCUGGAUGGAGGUGGGGCGCGUGUUAGGGAGCUUCAUCCUCAGGUCCGCGCAGCAAGAGGAGGCUCUUCAUCGCAUCUGGUACGCUCUCAGGAGGUGGCGACUGGUCUCCCGGCGGAUCGUCCUCUUCCCGACGACGGCUUGUUCGUCGAUCAAUCGGAGAUGAUUUACUCGAUGGAUUCGCGAUCCUUUUAUCGCGAAUCGUUCAGCAAUUUUAGUAGCAAUGCUCCGCGAAUCGCGUUGACGAGAUUUUCGCCGAUGAUCCAGCGAUUCUGGUUGCUUAAUCCUUCACCGGCGAUCUGCAGGAAAGUCGCGAUAAUCAGAUAAAAAUAUAUGAAUUUUGACUCUGGGAGGAUUCGAACCCGCGCCAGUUGUCCGCCCCCCCUUCUGAGGAAGGUGUGACGCGGGUUUAGUCUCACAUCGGUUGUGCGCCGAUUUUUCAAGCGAAUAUAUAGUAAUGUUAGCUUUUUAGGCAAAGUCCCUUCUCUCGCGUGUACGACCACUCCUUGCCCCACAGCCGGCUGGCCACCAGUGACGUGGAAGGGGAGUGGCGCACACGUGCCCCUAUCGGUCCAAGCUAAGCCGCUCGAGCCCUUGCUCGCGGCUACUCCUGACUGCGCUUCCGACCCACUUGCGGGCCCGGCUGGCCGGCGGGUCCCCCCAUUUUGCAAUAUUUUUAUUUUUAUUUCUUGUUCUUCAUUUAUCUCAAAAGUAAGACUGUAAAAAUCGUAUAAAAUCACAUAAUUACCCAAAAAUUCACAUUAAUCAACUGAAAACCACUUUUCACACUUUAACACAAAUAUAAGUCUAUUUAUCAUGAGUUAAGGCUAAAACUAUAUUAUUUACUAAUUGGUGCUGUCCCAAGAGAGCUUGGAUCAUGUUUUACUGCAUGGUGAGGUCGCAGAGAUUGUCUGGAUGCGGUUCCAUGAGUUCGGUCUUACCUUCACUAAAAAAGGAUUUUUGCAGACUUUCUAUGGGGCACAAGUUAAUUUGGGAAGAGAAGACACUGGGUAUCCUGGGACCAACUAACCAACCCAAAGGAGAAGAGGAUAGGAUAAAGUGUGACCUGUACCUAUAUCAUCUCGAAUUCUUAAAGAUAAUCCAAUUCUCUCGUUUCGUCACAUUAGAGUUGAUAAAGUGCGUGCCACACUAUGACAUCCAAUAGCAGAGACAGAAAAAAAGGCCAACUUCAAUUCACCAAACCCAGGUUCAUCUCGUAUAGUGAUUGUGGACUCGUGCCCAGAGGCCAGAGGCAAAUCUGUUCACGGUCCGUAGGACCAACACCAUUCGAAGGAACCCGUCCCGCCAUGAAUAGUCAUGUUUGACUGGGCUUACACACAUUCGCUCACUUACGCUGUCCCCCCUCAGCUGCUGAGAUCCCAAGUCUCCAAGUGGGCCCUCUUGGCCACCCACGACCUUGGCUUUUUAGAGAAUCCCGCUCCUGUGUCGUAGGACUUGUAGCUCGGCAGUCCACCAGGGAUGCUCUCAAAUAGGGCUAUGGGAUCCCGCCCCUAA